UCUUAAAAUUAAGUCUUGAAUUAUGCAUUAAGAAGCAAUAAAUAUUCGACUAUUUCGUAUUUAGUUUUCUCGAAGGAUUUAGUUGCGAUACAGCAAUUUUGACGUUCGAAAAUUAUUUAUUUGCCAGUGACGUAAUUUUUAAAGCUAAUGUUUUUUAGAUUUACGACAAAGCAUAAAUUGUUGUUGUGUUUCUAAUAGCGAAUGUGAAAUAACUUUUAUCACUCUGGUUUUAUGUUUUACUCAACCUUCGAUCCGUUUCUCGACGAUUCUUUUCCAACAAUUUCCUUUUGGUUUGUCUAUGGUUAGAGCAAGAAUGAAUGAAUGAGUGACUGACUUAAUGGUGCUAAAACAAAUGUCAGAGACUCGUUCUAAUGGCGCGAGAUAUUUAUUUCGUGGGGAUCUAAGUCUGUCUGUAAUAUUUAUUACAUUUUAAUUGGAUUCCAUUGAGAAAAUAAGAAGUUUUCAGCAAAUAUUGUAUUAACUUGUUAAAAUGGCAACGAAUAACAAAACUUUACAACUAAUGGCGUCCAAACUUGGACUCGGCGAUGAAGACAAAGUUCUGAACAAAGCAGCUGAGUUCGAACGGUUGCUACAAACUAAGAGCAUUGCGGGAAGUAACAUGAGUGAAACAAGUAAAGUCGUGAUUUGCCUGGACUUGGCUGCCACUAUGUUACAGGCAGAAUUUGAUAUUAAAACUGCUAUCAAAUUCUCAGGCCUUAAGCCCUCAGCCUAUACCAACAGUAAGAAGGUUGUACAGAACCUUCUAGAACUGAACUCGGACCGUCUGACCACUGACAAGCUGUGUAGCACUCUCCAGUGUCCCGGUGUGCAGGAACUGGCGGAUCGGAUACUGGCGGAGUACCAGAAACAAGCUAAAAUGGAGGUGGAUUUAAAUCUGCCGCAAUACGUCUGUAUGGCUGUGUUUCAAGCCUGUAGGGUCAGCAAAGUAAAAAUAUCAAAAAGCAAAAUAGUUGAGAAAUCAAGACUGAAACCUGCACAGUGGGCUAAAUUAGACACUGACUGGACAAAGUUCACUGACUUAAACUUUGCUGCUGUUGAGAAGAAAAAGAGGGGCCGGGUAGCAAAGACUGCUGUUGUAAAUGUUGAAAAGAUCGAAGAAAUGGAAAUCGAUACACCAAUACUUGAAGUUAUUCAAGAAACCGUAGAACCUUAUGAAGAUUGGAAGAAACGCAUGCUAGAAACAGCUUAUAAGGAGCUCAGAGAACUAGAAAAGACUGAAUCUAGGAAAAGCGUAACUCCUAGGAAAAAUAUAACGCCUAGAAAGAGCCCUAGGAAAUCAGUACAGAAAUUCUCCCCAUACAAGAGUCCCAGUAAGACGAAUGGUGUUAGAUUGUUGUUUCCUAUAGAUUUAUGAUCAAUAUGUCAUUUUGCCCUCCACCCUGAUGGCCUAAAAGAGUUAGUUUAUACUGGAUGCGAAAGGCUGUGAAAGGAGUCUCGUGGCAUUACGUGAAGGAGGCCUAUUUUCAGCUGUGGAUCGACCGCUAUAGACUUGAUGUAAAUUUGAAUGAAAAUCAAUUUGGAUUCACUGGCAGUUUCAGAACCCAUACAAUGAAAAAAUUGUUGAGCAUUGACUAAGACGAAAUUAUUAAAUGCCAUUAGUGUAUUAACUUAUAUUGUAAAUGCAAAAGUGUGUUUUUUAACGUCCUUUUUCAUAAAUGUAAAUAAUGAAUAGAUUUUAAAAAUCUGAAAACCCACGAUUACAAAUGUCAGUCCAGUCAAAUUUUAUCUAAAUCGAUCAAGCCGUUUUUGUGGUUGUAAAUGGCAUUGUCAUUGGGUUUGAAACUGCCGUGAAAAUUUCAGCCUGCUAGCUUAUCGGGACUUGUUUCAAACAAGAAAAGUGAGUGUAUAAAAACGUGGGAAAAUAGAAAGUCAGAGGCUAAUACAGGCAAGCAUCAAAAUAUUCGUCAAGUACUGCAGACUUGUAUUGCAUCAGGUGUUAAGAAAUUACAACAUUCUUUUUAUUAAGGUGCUAAAAUAAAGGUUUUUCUUGGUGUCUGUGACAAAAAACUCAGUUUAAAAAUCAAUCGCGUGUAAAGACAAAUGUAAAACAACAAUAAAGGUUACAAAAUCAAACCAAUUUAAUAUAACAGUCGUUUAUUAAUUCAAUUUGUGUUUGAAAAAGGAUGCACCAAGAUUGUUUACCUUUUUUAAGUACCUAACUAAAUAGAGUAUAAUUGAAACGAUUUUUAAACGAUGUUUUU